CCGAAAGAUGGCGACGCGUCGAUACAUGCCCGUGCGGCCGCUCCUUGCGCCGGACGUAGUGCUCUGCCGCGACGUAUGCACAGACAUGAACGUCGUGCUCAAACGAAACAAAACCACACCCGUCGACGUUGACGUCGAGUGCACGAUCUAUCACAUGCUUCAAGCCGCGGGCGGACACCCCAACAUCUUGCCCCUUCUUGAAUGCUUUCACGAUGACGACUCCCAUGUUUGCCUCGUCCUCGAGUAUUGCCCGAAUGGAGAUUUGUUUGAUCUCGUCCUUGCGAACAAACGUAUCGGCACGCACAUGUCGCUCGUGUACUUCGAACAACUCGCGUCCGCCGUUGCGGCACUCCAUCAACUGGGGUACGCGCACGGUGACUUGUCGUUGGAAAACGUCCUUCUCGGCCGCGAUAUGCAAAUUCAACUCAUGGAUUUUGGCGCUGCAAUGCCAUUGCAAGUCCCGACAAACUGGGCCGGUGGAAAACGCAACUACAUGGCGCCGGAAUCGUUUACUGGGCUGCCUUGGGACCCCGCAGCCGCAGAUGUGUGGGCGCUCGCAAUGACUUUCUUUGCCAUGCUCACCGGAGACUUUAUGCUGGACGAAUCGGUGGUGAACGACCCAGUGUACCUGGUCCUCGUCCAACAAGGUUUCCGCGGCAUUCUCCAGAACACGCCACAGUGGGCAGCUUUGAUUCCUAACGCUGUUGUUCCGCUGCUCGAACAAAUGUUCCAUGUUGACCCGCGCGCGCGGCCUUCCAUGGAGACCGUGUUGCAGUACGCCAAGUUCGUCUUGGCCCUUCUCCUGAACGAAGAGGCUGCGUCAUCGUCGUCGCCGCCGGCAACCCGGUCGCACUCUCCGCGACACAAGAUCAUGCGCCCUCGCACGCUUUACCGAUUCAAUGAUAUUUAUGCGCGAAUUCCUGCCGCCACCACCACCACCGCAUUCGUUCAUUGCGUGUAAAUAUUUACUUUUCUCAUAUUUAAAGAAACACGCUGCUUUUUAUGUUACUGA